AGCUGAGAUCGGCCCCAAUCGCCGAUCAGUUGUUGAAAUGAAUCAGGCCUCUCUAUAUCAGCACGCCAACCAGGUGCAAAGGCAUGAUGCCAAAUUGAUUUUGGACGAGUUUGCCUCGACUUUGCAGUGGCGGUCUGAUGGCGAGGAUGCCCUCUUGGAUGUAGGCUCAGGUUCCGGGAAUGUACUCAUGGACUUCGUAAAGCCCCUACUCCCGAUUCGUGGUCAACUGGUAGGCACUGACAUCUCCAGUCAAAUGGUUGGCUAUGCCAGUAAGCAUUAUCAGCGUGAGGAACGAACUCGGUUCCAAGUUCUAGACAUAGGUUGCGAAAGACUGCCUGAGGAGUUGAGUGGGAGAUUCGAUCAUGUCACCUCGUUCUACUGCCUCCAUUGGGUGCUAAACCUGAAAGGAGCCCUAGGCAAUAUCUACAAUCUUCUAAAGCCGGAAGGUGGUGACUGUCUCCUGGCCUUCUUGGCCUCCAAUCCAGUUUAUGAAGUCUAUAAGUUGCUAAAGAUAAAUGAAAAGUGGUCUACUUACAUGCAGGAUGUGGAGCAAUUUAUAUCGCCACUUCACUACAGCCUAAAUCCUGGCGAGGAAUUUAGUCACUUGCUGAACGAUGUGGGUUUCAUACAACACAAUGUGGAAAUACGAAAUGAGGUAUUUGUAUACGAAGGUGUCAGGACUCUGAAAGAUAAUGUGAAAGCCAUUUGUCCAUUUUUGGAGCGCAUGCCUACAGACCUGCAUGAAGAUUUCCUGGACGACUUCAUAGACAUUGUUAUAUCCAUGAAUUUGCAGCAGGGCGAAAGGAAUGAGGAUCAAAAGUUUCUGUCGCCCUAUAAACUGGUGGUGGCCUAUGCUCGCAAGACACCUGAGUUUGUAAAUAAUGUUCUCCUCGAACCCUCACAUCAAAACUUGCUGAAGGGAAUUAACUAGUAAUUUUUGUUUAUUUUUUUAAACACGAUUUCGUUUUUUUAAUAGAGUCUACUAAAGCCAAAUAAUGUACUUACCAUUUAAAUAAAUAAAAGUUCCUAGAAUUUGUCAGUACCCAGUAUCCAGUAAAAUAAAAGUGUUUCAGCUUAGUAAAAUCUACCAAACAUACGAGAAACAAGGGUGAUUGCUAAGAUAUUUUCUAAUAGUUUUGUAAGAGACGUAAUUAAAUUAAUAAAGUCAAGAAUGUAUUUAUCUGA